CUGCAACGAACCACCUGCCGAAGCCAAAAGGCGCCCCCACCACUCAAAAUAUCCCGCAUUUCGGCCUUUCUACUGCUCGAGCUUGCAAGCGAUGCUUUCUAGUUUCUGAGCUCUUCAGGUACCACGCGUGGAUUGGGCAACGCCAAACCCCUCGUCGGUACACCGCCCCUCACACUCUGUCUCUUAAACACCUUGCACCCAUCCUUUCUACGAUGCUUUCCCGAUAAAAUCUACCAACUACUCUUCCUUCCUUCCUUCCUUCCUUCCUUCCUUCCUUCUUUUUCCUCCUCUACUCGGACGACCGUUGGCUUUAAGCGCUCAGCAUAUCCAUCCCUAUGGCGGCUACCGAAAGUGCGUUGACGAUACACAAUGAUAUCUCAAUGGAGCUGCCUGAACUAGCCCCCAAUCAAGGUCUAGAGGCCUUCAAAGAUAUUGUUUUUGGAUCAGCUGCAGGAAUGAUAGGCAAGGUCAUUGAAUAUCCCUUUGACACGGUCAAGGUUAGGCUUCAGUCACAACCGGAUCACCUUCCUCUCCGAUACAAUGGGCCGUUAGAUUGUUUCCGUCAGUCAUUCCAGGCAGAGGGUCUUCGGGGUCUCUAUCGGGGAAUCAGCGCUCCGAUGGCGGGAGCUGCUGUAGAGAACAGCUGCUUGUUCUUCAGUUACCGUGUGGUUCAAGAGCUACUUCAGGCCUCGUACUAUUCCUCGACAGAGCCGUUACCGUUAACUGCUUUGGUGUUCAGCGGUGCUGCAUCCGGAUCCAUCACCUCCCUUGCCUUGACACCGAUCGAGCUCAUCAAAUGCAAGAUGCAAGUGCCCUCGGAGCCUUCCAGCGCACGAGUGGGACCCCUCAAGAUUAUAGUCUCUGUUUUCCGCCAGGACGGCGUCUUGGGGUUCUGGCGCGGCCAACUGGGUACGCUUAUCCGUGAGACGGGCGGUGGUGCUGCGUGGUUUGGGGGUUACGAAGGGGUGUCAGCACUUUUCCGUUCAUACCAUUAUUCACCUUCGACAACCUUUUCCUCUGAGGUCGAAUCUGGGUCACUCCCUCUUUAUCAACAGAUGUUGGCCGGAGCAGCAGCCGGUGUCAGCUACAAUUUCCUCUUUUAUCCAGCCGACACAAUAAAGUCGAGAUUGCAGACAGAAGAUAUCAACAACACAUCUAGCAAACGACAGACAUUCGGGGGCGCCGCUAGGGCUCUCUGGCAUCAGCAAGGACUUCGCGGCCUAUAUCGAGGCUGUGGUAUCACUUGUGCGCGGUCUGCGCCAAGCUCGGCAUUCAUUUUUACAGUAUUUGAAGGCCUACGGAGUUACUUUGGAUGAGCGAAUUCGUUAUGUGAUUAGAUUUCAUUUUGAUUCUCGACGAUUUUUUGGCCCAUUUCUGCUUAUUGAUGAUACCUAUGAUUUGUCUAGACUUAGAUUUUCUUGUUUGAUCAUUCGUCUGUUCAACCAAUCUGGCAUUGGGGCCGCGGUCAAAAGUCCGUUGGAGGAAAGAGACAUAGAUUGUCUAUGUGAAUGUACCACACAUCUACCAAAUAGCGCAGGAAUUGUAACGCGGGAAGAAGCUGUGACCAAUAAGUUUGGUGGGGUAGAUAACCUGGAAGACGCCCUGACUCCAAUGUAACAUGGGAAUGUUCCUUGCUCCUCAUUAUCUACCCAGCUUUUGCCUUAAUUUCCUAC